AUGGCCGAUCCACGGUCGGUAGAGCUAGUUGGAUCGCUACCACCGACCGUAUUCAUCGAAGCCCUGCACCUACUCUCUCCAGCUCAUUUUGUGGUACCCUACCGGGAGCUUCACCAUACACUACAUGGGUGGGGUGUGUUGAUGGACGGGGUCAAAACCUUGGAAGCGACGUUCGACAAGUUUACAGAGGAUUUGCUGACGAUCAUUCAAUAUCGAUCCGAAGCCGGACAUCUACCUCAGCUAGCCGAGUACACCCACCUCCUUGACUGCGCCCAGGCUAUGGGGAAUGGCCCCUUAGUCCAGGCGCUUUGGGCUGGAAUGUAUUCCAACGGUGUCACUCCUGACGCAGCGUGCUAUAACCACUAUAUGUCAGGAUUGGUCUGGGACCACUGCUACGUGGGAAAAGAAAAAUACAAUACUCGCAUCGUCCCUUACAGUUACAAAAAGCGGCGCAUGCCAGAUGCGACUCCUGGACAUCGUGGCUACGGAACCGCGGCUUAUAGUACUAAGGGAUCUGUGCUGGAUAUAUUCAGUCAAAUGAGCCAGAGCGGACUUAGCGGCGAUGUGCAGACAUACAUCAAUAUCCUCCUCGCAGCUGCCCGAGUUGGCGACGCGAAAGCUGCCAAGAAUACCCUCAAGGCUGUAUGGAAUGUCGAUGUUGAUGCCAUCAUGACCAAGGAUAACUCGAUGCUGCCACCAAUUACACCUUAUGAAACCUGGUCUGGCCUGUACCCAAAUGAGAAUCUUCUUUUCGCCGUGGCACAUGUCUUUGGUACAAAUAACGACAUGCACGCCGCCAUGAGAACAGUUGACUACAUAGCUUCCUCGUACGACAUCACCAUUUCGGCAAGGGUCUGGUCUGAGUUGCUAGAAAGGACGUUCACUCUCUCCAAACAACACAAGCGGAGACAGGCACAAGAUGGGCGAAAAGGCCAAGUCCCGAGAGACAUGGUCCGUGAAGUGUUCCACAUAUUAAGGACGGAAUACAAUGUUCCUGCAACUGUGCAAAUGUACCGAUUCACAACCCAAACCAACAAACUAGACGGCGAUCUAGAGGCUUGCAAAAGAGACAUGCGUGAAGCAUAUGAUAUUUUGAGCCAAACAAGGAUCAGAAGAAGGGAAGCGAGAGACACCGUCAUGAAAUGUCUACAGCCAAUCUUGGACAGCAUGAGACCGCCAGCGAACGAUCAUGGGGAGCCGAUUUCAGUCGAUGACCAACGACAAAAUGACGUGAAGCCAGACAUGUCACUAUUCCACUGCCCCCUACUCGCCGAAGCCAUCAACACAUACGAUCUCCUCCGACUGGAACUCUACCAGCAGACUUAUCAAUUGCAGCGCAUAGCUUAUUCAAUGAUCAUCGCAAAGAAGUGGAACGACGUAUCGCUGGAAGCCUGGGAGUUCCAAGAACGGCCCAAGUUACUGGAAGAAUGGAAAGACUUUCUGCCAGAGCGUAAUAGCUACGAAUAUACAGCCGAAGAGGGUGGAACAGUCGAAUUUCUUGGCAAAACAACCUCUAAUACUAGGUACAUGAGCCAGUAUGGCCGCGUUCAUGCUCGGCGGGUACCAGAUGGGCCGGAUCUGUUCCAUCCGGUUGAGCCCAAGGUCCUUGAUGAUAGGAUAUUCUGGAAACUCUUGCUCGCUGAGUACCCUCAGCUGGACCCGUCUAUUUCACCGCUCAAUCGCAUCUACACCUUCCAGAUACACCUGAGCACAAAGUUGAAUGAAAAGCUCGAAAAAUUCAAGACGUGGGUUGAUUACCCAGAUGAUCAUCCCUUGUCGCAGAAGAAUAGCCCUGAGGUCGGAAUUUAUGGUCGGAUUCGUGCCCUGGGCCUUACUCAAACCCCCCAUAAGUCUGUAUUCUGGAACGACGGUAAUCCUUGGUGUUCAUAA